AUGGCACAAAAUAAGCGUGCCGCCUACGCUUGCCAUUCUCAUUCUUGUAUAAAAUUCACGUUUGAGCUCACAAUUCUCUUCAACAUUCAUCUCUCAUUGUCUUCAAACUUCAAUAGAUACAAACAUCUGCUUUCAGUAGUUGCAGCUCGAUAUAACAUUACCAUGGAUCGUAGGCUUUCUGUGGAAGGAGAGGGAAGCAUUCAUCUACAAGUUGGUAAACUCCAAAGGCUCAGGCUCAGCGAAACCGUUAGCAUAGGCACCACCAUGUUUGAGCCACGUGGCCUUAGCAGCAUCGAGAAGUUAGACAGUAGCAAUCUCAAUCCUGUCUCUACAACAACCUCAGCUGUUCGAGCACCAGAAAAGAAGCUGACCCUCUUUGCUCUCCAGCUUGCUGUGUUUGAAAAAGCAGCAACUGGGUUGGGAACACUUGGUUUUAUAUGGGCAACCGUUGUCCUUCUUGGUGGUUUUGCUAUUACCUUAGUCAAAACCGACUUCUGGUUCAUCACCAUUAUACUUGUAGUUGAGGGGGCUAGGAUUUUCAGCAGGAGCCAUGAGCUUGAAUGGCAGCACCAAGCCACAUGGUCAAUUACUGAAGCUGAAGCUGGAAUCAAUAAUUUCCAGGAGCAGAAGUCCAGUUCAAAUUCCCUCCUUGAAAGUAUAAAGAGCCUCUUCAGGCCAAUUGGUACAGUCACAGAUGGGGCUACUGAGUUAACCCCACGGUACAGGGAUACCCCAAGGACACCAACUCGGGUGUGGAUUAGCUCAGAAGUUCCACUUCUACCAUAUACUAAAUGGGUUUUUCUUUCAAGACAUGUCAGUAGGCUUCUCUACUGGCUUCAGCUUAUUUCUGCAACAGCUUGUGUGGUUCUCUCAUUAAUGAAGCUCAUCAAGCAUGAUUAUGGAGAAGUGGCAAAGGGAGACACUGACAAGAGGAACCUCCGAUCUGCUCUCAAUAUCUUUUAUGCCUUGGCUCUUGCAGAAGCUUUGUUGUUCCUAAUGGAAAAAGCUUACUGGGAAUGGCAAGUCAGCUACUGCAAACUGUUGGAAGAGGUAAACAAUGAGUGUGAAUUGGGGCCAUCAGGAAUGUUGUCCAUUAGAAGGUUCUUUUAUGAUGCAUAUUCAAGAUGUGUCAAUGGAAGCAUAUUUGAUGGCUUGAAAAUGGACAUGGUGAGUUUUGGUAUGGAUCUCUUGGCUUCAAACUCCCCUGAUGAGCAGCUCAUUGGAGCAAGAAUUCUUAGGCAGUUUUCAAUCAGUGAGAGAUUUUCUGAUGACACGCUUCAAAAGAUUGGAAUUGCCAUAUCAGUGGUAGAGAGACUAGUUGAGAUGUUGAAUUGGACAGAUCACAAGGAUGAAGAAAUUAGGAUGUCAGCUGCAGAGAUUAUAUCAAAACUAGCUGACAAAAAGCAGAACUCUCUCCGCAUAUCUGGGAUACCAGGUGCUAUGGAAUCAAUAUCAUCUCUUCUGCAAACUAAUAGGAGUUUUAUUCCUGCAGCUGAUGAAAUUGGGGAAAAGAAACUCAUAUUUGAUCAUCCAAAUUAUGGGUUCUGGUCAUUUAACCACUUGGGACUCCUCAUACUGAAAAAACUUGCACGUGACCAUGACAACUGUGGAAAGAUUGGAAAUACAAGAGGCCUCCUCCCAAAGAUCAUAGAUUUCGCACAUGCUGAAGAAAGGUUGCUGAAGAGUGAAAAUGUUACUCCAUCUCAAGUUCUGACAGUGAAGAGAUCUCUGCAACUGGUGAAGAUGCUGGCUAGCACAAUAGGCAUCACUGGGAAACAUCUUCGAAGAGAGAUUUCAGAGGUAGUUUUUACGUUCAGCAACAUUAGAGAUAUUUUAAGGCAUGGAGAGAAACAUCCCCUUCUACAGAAACUGAGCAUAGAAAUUUUAACUAGUCUGGCAUUGGAAGAGGAUGCAACGGAAAGAGUUGGGGCUACAGGUGGAGUACUUAAAGAAUUGUUCAAGAUAUUUUUCAAACACAGUACACCAGAAAAUCAGAAACAUGUAGCAAUUGUUGCUGGUGAGGCCCUUGCAAUGCUUACAUUAGAAAGCAAGAGUAACUGUCAUCGAAUUUUGAAGUUGAAUGUGCUGGAAAGGCUUGUAGAAGCAUUGAAAGAUCCACUACUUCGUGUCAAUGCAGCUAGAAUUCUAAGAAAUUUAUGCACAUAUAGUGGAUCACAAUGGUUCAACCAGCUAAAGGGGACAACAGCUGCAGCACCCACAAUACUUGAGGCAAUCAUGUCAGAAGAAAACAAGAUACAAGAAGUAAUGGUUGGACUAGCAGCAAAUGUUUUCAAAUAUAUGACUUCUCAUGAAUCAAGCAUAGUAUUUGAAGAAGCUAGAAUCAAUGAGGCUGAACUUGCAAAUAAAUUAAUUCAGAUUCUCAAGAAACACCAGCGUCCCUCAACUAAGGUCCCAAGGAUAAGGAGGUUCGUAAUAGAGCUGGCGAUUUGGAUGAUGAAAGACAAAGCAGAAAACAUAAAUACCUUAAAGGAUCUGGGAAUGGAGGAGGUAUUGGAGGGUGUCUUAGAGACCACAUCAGAGCUUGAAAGCUUUAAUGUUUUCUCUGGUGUUGUUGGACUGAACCGCCACAAUGUAACAACUCAGUCACUGAUUGAAACAGCAGUGGAAUUGAUGGAAGAUAGAAAAAAAGAAUUCUUAAUUAGAGAAACGCAAAAACCUGAUAAUGAAACUAAAGCAAAGCUGGAGGCUGGGGUUCCUUUCUUCUCAGACAGUGGAAGUGAAAUUGAAGAGAUGUUUGUUGGUAUUGGGGCACAAAGGGUGAUGGAUCUUUCUUUUGCUGCAAAAAAGCUUCCGCCUUGUGUAAUCUUCAUUGAUGAGAUUGAUGCUAGUGGAGGUACCUGA